UCUCUGUUCCAAGGUUAGGGUACUUAAACUAUCUGUCUGACCCGGACAAGGAGACGAGAUUUGACAGCAAGACGGAAGGGACACAAAGAAGAUAAUAUCAGGACGACUCGGCUAGGCAAAAUGAGCACAGCCAAAGAUAUAGCUAGCAGCAUCCACCACGACGAGAGCAUCGCCAAGAUGGACAUCGAGAAGCACGAUGAUAAAGUCGCACAGCUCAUGGGCGGCGAUCGCGUCGUCCUCACGGAAGAAGAUGAUAAGCGCAUCAGGCGGAAAACCGACAAAGUCAUCCUUACCAUCCUGGUAUGGGUGUAUUUCCUCCAGAUUCUCGACAAGAGCGUGCUGGGCUACGCUGCAACCUUUGGGCUCCGCGAGGACACAGGCUUAACAGGCAGCGAAUACUCUCUCAUAGGCUCCAUUGCGCCCAUCGCACAGCUGGCAUGGCAGCCAUUCUCGAGCUUCCUCAUCGUGAGGGUUCCUCACCGCAUUCUAAUGCCAACUCUCAUCCUCGGGUGGGGUAUCGCGUCCGCCGCUAUCGCCGCGUGCCACAACUUCCAGACUCUCCUCGCGGCGCGAUUCUUCUUGGGUCUGUUUGAGGGCGGUUGUCUUCCUCUCUUCUCCAUCAUUACGAGUCAAUGGUAUCGCCGAGCCGAGCAGCCGAUACGUGUUGCGGCCUGGUACGGCACAAAUGGCAUUGCUACUAUCGUGGCAGCUGCAGUGUCCUAUGGAUUGGGACACAUCAACUCUCCUCUUUUAGCGUCAUGGAAAAUCAUUUUCCUCUUCGUCGGACUCGUCACCAUCGUCACUGCGCCUGUUGUUUAUUGGAAGUUAGACAACGAUAUCCUUUCGGCACGCUUCCUCUCCGAAGAGGAUAAGCCAAAGGCUAUUGAGCGAUUGCGCGCCAAUCAGAACGGCAUAGGCACACGAGAGUUCAAGUGGAAGCAGAUUCUCGAGAUGUUCCUGGAACCCAAGACAUACCUCUGGGUCGCCCUCUCCUUGUUCAUCAACGCCGGCGCUUCCGUGACCAAUACCUUUGGUCCCCUUAUUAUUAAUGGGCUCAACUUCGAUAAGUAUAAGUCCUCGUUGCUGAACAUCCCCUUCGGCUUCGUGCAGUGGGUCAUCAUCCUCAUCGCAUCGUGGUUCGCGCAGCGGUUCCGCAUCAAGUACGCCAUUGUUCUGGUAUUCAUUCUACCUGUCAUUGCCGGACUCGCCGUCUUGUACGCCAUCCCUCGCACGGCUGAUAAUACUGCGCCGCUACUCGUUGGAUACUACCUCCUCGCGUUCCUGUUCGGCACCAUCCCGGUCGUGGUUGCGUGGGUGGUAGCCAACACAGCCGGUAUGACGAAGCGAUCAGUGAUCAUGUCCGUUUACAACGGAGCCGCCUCCAUCGGCAACAUCAUCGGCCCCAUCGUCUUCAACUCCAAGGACGCGCCGAACUACUUCCCCGGUCUGCGCGUCGUGCUCGGCUUCUUCGUCGCGACAGCUGCCUGCGCCAUCUUGCAAGCCUUCAAUCUCGCCUUCCUCAACAAGCUGCAGGAGCGCCGGCGCGUGGCGAACGGCAAGCCCGCCAAGAUUGUCGACACGAGUAUGUCGAAUACCUACAAAGAGAUCAGGGCGGGCGACUCUUCCGGAGUCCAGAGUGCCGAGGAGGGCACCGCGGACCAACGCAUUGGCCAGCACGCCUUCGAGGACUUGACUGAUCGCCAGAACGACGAAUUCGUCUAUGUGUUGUAAAAAAAAAAAAAAAAAAAAAAAGGGAAAUGAAAAUCAUGAGCGUUUUGGGUUUACUACAGACCUACUGUUAUGAAUAGCGAGCGUUGUAGUAUUUUAGUAGCAUGAAAAUAGCGUUGCCAAGUUAUAAUUAGGGGGUCAUCACAUGAAUAUACGCCACACACAUGCAUAAUUACAAACUCGGGCUGUGCUACCAAAUACCUGUGGAGAGUAUCGUAUAGGAUAUUAUCAUGUAGAGCCCGUGUCGAAUCCGGUCAAGAUGACAGCACGUCCUAUCGUUGCACUUGAGUACGAGGGAGCUAUCUAUCUUGGCCGUAUGUAUUAUUAUUACAUUACUGGACUGCAAUAUCAGCAC